UUUCCACACCUGCAAAACGGAGCCACAGAAACGCUCUUUCAGGGUGGCUAGGGGUUUUGGGCGGUGUCGCCCGGUGGCGGGGUGUUCCCGGGGUGAAGCCGCAGGGUUCUCGGGUGGGGGCGGGGAGGGCUAAAUCCGGCCGGCCGGUGAGUGGCGGGAGCAGCUGCCGCCCCGCCCGCGCCCUCCCGGGUCCCACAGUCUGGGCAGCUGCCCAGCUUGGGCCGGUCUGACCGGUUUGGGCCGCCCCGCCUGGCGCUGUGCUGGGAGGAGCCGCCGCCAGUCGCGCGGUCAGUGCCUCCCUCCAGACUCGGGAGGGCCCAGGGGGCGCGGGAGAGAGCGCGGGCGGCCGCCGGGGCUGGUCGCCUGCAGGGAUGGGGGACGAGCGGCCCCACUACUACGGGAAACACGGAACGCCGCAGAAGUAUGAUCCCACUUUCAAAGGACCUAUUUACAAUAGGGGCUGCACGGACGUCAUAUGCUGUGUAUUCUUGCUCCUGGCCAUUGUGGGCUACGUGGCUGUCGGCAUUAUAGCCUGGACUCAUGGAGACCCUCGAAAGGUGAUCUACCCUACUGAUAGCCGGGGCGAGUUCUGUGGGCAGAAGGGCACAAAAAACGAGUGAGAACAAACCUACUUGUUUUAUUUCAACAUUAUGAAAUGUGCCAGCCUGGUUCUGCUGGAAUAAUGUCCCACUCCCCAGAUCUGCGUGGAAAAAUGGCGACGCUACCUCACGUACCGGUCUCGCAGCUCCCGGGACUUUGAGUACUAUAAGCAGUUCUGUGUUCCUGGCUUCAAGGACAAUAAAGGAGUAGCUGAGGUGCCGAGAUGGUGACUGCCCUGCUGUCUCAUCCCAGCAAACCCUAAUGCUUCCCGCCAUCCCGCCCACAAGGGUGUCCUGAUGGUGGGCAAUGGAACGACUGAGGAUGGGCAUGGCUCCCGGAAAAAGCGUCACAGACCUGCCAAUGGAGUCCUAGAGGCACGGCAACUCGCCAUCCGCAUAUUUGAAGUUACACCCGUCUCUUGGUAUUGGAUUAUCAUGGGCACAGUCAUUACUGUAGCAGUAGGGCUCUCAUUCAUCAUCAUAUAAACUCUGGCUGGUAUUGUGGUCUGGGUGAUGAUCAUUAUGGUGAUUCUGGUGCUCGGAUGGGGAAUCUUUCACUGCUACAUGGAGUACUCCCGACUGCGUGGUGAGGCUGGCUCUGAUGUCUCUUUGGUGGACCUCGGCUUUCAGACGGAUUUCCGGGUGUACCUGCACUUACGGCAGACCUGGUUGGCCUUUAUGAUCAUUCUGAGUAUCCUUGAAGUCAUUAUCAUCUUGCUGCUCAUCUUUCUCCGGAAGAGAAUUCUCAUCGCGAUUGCACUCAUCAAAGAAGCCAGCAGGGCUGUGGGAUAUGUCAUGUGCUCCUUGCUCUACCCACUGGUCACCUUCUUCUUGCUGUGCCUCUGCAUCGCCUACUGGGCCAGCACUGCUGUCUUCCUGUCCACUUCCAAUGAAGCGGUCUAUAAGAUCUUUGAUGAUAGCUCCUGCUCACUUACUGCGAAAACCUGCAACCCAGAGACCUUCCCCUCCUCCAAUGAGUCCCGCCUAUGCCCCAAUGCCCGUUGCCAGUUCGCCUUCUACGGUGGUGAGUCGGGCUACCACCGGGCCCUGCUGGGCCUGCAGAUCUUCAAUGCCUUCAUGUUCUUCUGGCUGGCCAACUUCGUGCUGGCUCUGGGUCAGGUCACACUGGCCGGGGCCUUUGCCUCCUACUACUGGGCCCUGCGCAAGCCAGACGACCUGCCAGCCUUCCCGCUCUUCUCUGCCUUUGGCCGGGCGCUCAGGUACCACACGGGCUCCCUGGCCUUUGGCGCGCUCAUCCUGGCCAUUGUGCAGAUCAUUCGUGUGAUACUCGAGUACCUGGAUCAGCGGCUGAAAGCCGCAGAGAACAAGUUUGCCAAGUGCCUCAUGACCUGUCUCAAAUGCUGCUUCUGGUGCCUGGAGAAGUUCAUCAAAUUCCUCAAUAGGAAUGCCUACAUCAUGAUUGCCAUCUACGGCACCAAUUUCUGCACCUCAGCCAGGAAUGCCUUCUUCCUGCUCAUGAGAAACAUCAUCAGAGUGGCUGUCCUGGACAAAGUUACCGACUUCCUCUUCCUGUUGGGCAAACUUUUGAUCGUAGGCAGUGUGGGGAUCCUGGCUUUCUUCUUCUUCACCCACCGUAUCAGGAUCGUGCAGGAUACAGCACCACCCCUCAAUUAUUACUGGGUUCCUAUACUGACCGUGAUCGUUGGCUCCUACCUGAUUGCACAUGGUUUCUUCAGCGUCUAUGGCAUGUGUGUGGACACGCUGUUCCUCUGCUUCUUGGAGGACCUGGAGAGGAAUGACGGCUCGGCCGAGAGGCCUUACUUCAUGUCUUCCACCCUCAAGAAACUCUUGAACAAGACCAACAAGAAGGCAGCGGAGUCCUGAAGGCCCCGCGCUCCCCACCUCUCAAGGAGCCUCACGCCGCAGGGUGCUCAGUAGCUGGGUCUGUUACCCCAGCCCCUUGGGCUCACCCGAAGUCCUAUCACUGCCGCUCUGCCCCCUCCCCAUGAGCCAGAUCCCACCAGUUUCUGGACCUGGAGAGUCUGGGGUAUCUCCUUCUUAUGCCAAGGGGCACUUGGAGUUUUCAUGGUUGCCCCUCAAGACUAUGAGAAAUGAGUAAAAACCCAGUGGGGCCUCUUGCUGUCUGGGACGGCAUGUGGCCCGACCUCCGCAAGCUCCCUCAUGCUUCCUGCCCCCCGCUUACAUGACAACGGGCCAGACCACAGGAAGGAUGGUGUUUGUGUCUGAGGGAGCUGCUGGCCGCAGUGAACACCCACGUUUAUUCCUGCCUGCUGUGGCCAGGACUGAACCCCUUCUCCAUACCUGAACAGUUGGCUCAAGGGCCACCAGAAGCAUUUCUUUAUUAUUAUUAUUUUUUAACCUGGACAUGCAUUAAAGGGUCUAUUAGCUUUUUUUCCAUCUGUCUCAACAGCUGAGAUGGGGCCGCCAAGGAGUGCCUUCCUUUUCCUCCCUCCUAGCUGGGAGUGACUGGGGUGGGGGUGUGUGUGCCCAGGUGGGGGGUAUCUCCUGGCUGGGAAGGAGGGAGUGGGAGGGAGACUUUUGCUUGCAGGGGUUGGCAGUGGAGAGCGGGCUGGAGAGGAGAUCGCUAAUAGCUGUUUAAUGGAAACCUGCUGGGCUGGAGGGAGUUAGGCUGAAUUUCCCGACUUCCUCUGCCAGUUAUUGACACAGCUCUCUUUGUAAGAGAGGAAAGAAACUGAACCCACCCAAGGGAUGAUUUCAGGGGGAGAGGUGGAGGGCAGAUGCCCUGGGCAAACCGGGCCCCUCUGCCCACACACCUCACUUGAUGAUCCUUUUGCCAAACUUGUCGAACUCAGGGGACCUAGCUUCCCGGUUGCCCCUCUGCCAUAUUCCAAGGCCCCCUCAGACUUCACGUCUCUGCUCAUCAGCACUGUCCCAGGAUCCUGGAGAGGGAGAACCCCCGACCCCAGGGGAAAGAAGGGGGGUCUCCCAUUUCCUGUGUCUGCGCCAGCCCCGCCCCCAUUGCGUCUGCACACCCCUGCGUGUAACUGCAUUCCAACCACUAAUAAAGUGCCUAUUGUACAGGUC